GGGGGGGGUGCGUGCCUCGCCUAUUUCCCCAAAUUUCCCCAUGGGCGAUCGGAGACUUGGCGGGAGCCAGGAUCUCAUUGGGCUCAAACUGAGACUAGCAAGCAUCCAGAUAUCCCGAAUGGGACUGGCGGGGCCAAGCCCAACGCGCCCCCCCGGGACACGAGAGGCGAAUACGGAGAGACGGUGGCUGACCACCGGCCUGCUCAUUGGUGUCACCCUUCGCAGGGAGAUUGUGACUUUUGAUUCGAACUUGGCCCAUGGUCAGCGUUGGCGUCUGACUGUCUUGGCCCCCGGUCCCAGGGGAGGGCACCAAUAGGCUCGAUGGCCCCCGCCAAUUUUUACUCCGGGGUUCUUUUUGCUCGCAUUGUUUCGACCCCUGUUAGCGAGGGAGUCAGUCCUCAUGUCAUUUGUGGAUGGUCCGAGAUCG